CUUGCAAAUUUCUGCCAUCCCCAACUGCCUCAUCAACAAAUCUUUAAUUGUCAAACCCGGUGUGAGAUCCGCGCGUAAUCACCAGGGACAUCGUCGGACACUCUGUGUUAAUUUAAAUCCCGGACAUUUUCGGAUACUCAAACUUGAAUUCAAUUCAAGACGGAGAAACGAAGGGGGUCUCGAGUUGCGUUUUGUUCUCUCUAUCUCGCUCGUUUAGGUCCCGUCUUACCGCAUACUACGACAUACUACUUCGAAUCUGCCUGCGCUUCACUCGAACUCUAACGUUGCUAUUACCACUGUACUACUUCCUCUAGUCUUCCAUAUGUCUAUGAGAAGCGUUAUAGGUUUUAAUUAAUAGCCGGGCUUGCGCUGGCCGAGUGCCCAUCAUGGCUUCGCGCUAUAGUGGAUCGCGAUAUGAUGGCGAUUCGCGCCGUUCAAGAUCCCGUGAGCGUUCACCCGAUCGAAGAUCGCUAUACAGUGAUGGCGGACCUCGACGUUCGUCGGCGGAAUCUCGAUCUAAUAAUUCGGCGUUCCAAACCAACCGGGAUUCCUUCCGCGAUACCUUGCCUAGAGACCCUCCUAGAGGCCCGAAGGCUCUGCUUGAUGCGCCGAGUGGACCCCGGGGCGGAUAUUCUAACGAUUUCCGCGGCAGGGGACGUGGACGAGGGAGAGUCUGGCGAGACGAUAGCCGAGAUCGCGGGAGAGAUCGCGAUAUCGACUUUAGAGAUCGAAGAGAUAAUUCCUAUCGGGAUGAACGGAGUCGAGAACGCGACCGUGGAGACUGGCGUGAUCGUGAUCGAGACAAUUUUCGGGGAAGGCGGCCAUCACCUCGUGGAAGAUCGCCACCAGGCAGAGAUUUCCGAGAUUCCAGAGACUUGAGAGAUCCUCCCUUAGGUGUAGAUGCGGAUCGAGCUCGGCGUGGAUCAAGGGAUGGACCCCUUUCUGCUGGGUCGUCUUCUUCGGAUCCUCCGUUCGGCCCUUCGUCGUAUCGUGGCGGCUAUGGUGGUCGGGGUCGUGGAAGAGGCGGCCGCGGAGAUUGGGAUAGAGGUCGUGGGAGAGGUUACUAUGACGAUCGCGAUAGGUUUUUUAGGACUCGUUCCCAAGAGGGACGAUACCGUGAACGAGAUGACCGCGAUCGCGACAGUAGAUAUCUCGACCCCGAUUUGCGCCAGCGUGAUCAUCGAGACGACCGUGAUAUUCGUGACCGCGAGCCUCGGCCAAAAAUUGAAAGGACAUCACAUGAGCCGCCUCCUUUGCCGGCCAAGGACGUCUCGCCGCCCCCCGUCGCUCCAGCCGCGCCGUCUUUCGGAUCAGUUCCUAACAGAACUGCCUCCGUGACUGACGUUGGGUUAGCUACAGGCAAAGCACCACCGACGGGACCAAGGGCACUCAAGGAAGAGCGACCAACACAACCAAGCUCUACACCCAGUUCGGAUGCAAGACUACCACCUACUGGGCCGUCUAGGUCAUCCUUUCUAGAAAUCAGCCCAACGACUAUUCCCUCUGGCCCGCGUUCCAUCCCACCACGUCCAGGUCCGUCUAGUAAACAAUGGAUCAAUCCUAACAUAAAAAAUCGCGUCCCCGAAUCACCGAAAUUGAAUAAAUCACAAAGCUUUGCCCCACCGCGACCCGCCGGCUUCCGUUCGGAUGGUGCACAAUUGGACCAAUCGGCGGAUUCUGACCAAAGACCACGUAGUAGCGAUGCGAAAUCUGAGUCGCAGCUAGGCUUUGCAGAUAAACAGUUUCGUGAACGGCCAUCUAAUGACACUAACGAUGACUCUGUUAGACCCGAUCAGCGGCCGCAAUCUGCUAAGUCGUCUUCGGAUCAAGAACACAAGCCUCGGGAUGCGCCUACCACUGAAGUUAAGAAGGAGGACGGUGAGGUGGAACAACAUGCCGACGAUGCUGAAGAGGGUGCCAUUGAGGAGACUGGGCCGUUACCGGUAAUAGAUGAGGUGAAAACGACAUCAGACCGACGGCUUACUCUAAAGAUCGCAGCAAAACGUGUGUCACUCCCCCAAAAGGAAGUGAAACUGCCCAUAUUGGACCAGUCAUCAGAAUCAGACGAUGAGGAGUUUGGUGACGUGAUCGAAUCCCAGAUGCUGGAAGUGGAAGCAAAGCUAAAGCAACUCGAAGGAGCCGAGGAUGUCGUGCCAAUGAAUGCGAUCAUCCGUCAUGCAGCGGUAUCGGUUGAAGCCAUCGCGAGGAUUAUGAACGAACCCGAAGGCUUAGAAGACAUGAUCGGCCCAAUUCCCAAGGAUGUUACCUUACCUGGCACAGCACCCGAAGAACCGGAGCCCGAACCAGAGCCACAGGUUGAAAUGAAGCCGAAUGCUGAGGAAAUCAAGGAAGCUGACGAUGCUAAAGAGGUUAUCCAGGAAAAGAUCCCUUCGCCGGUAGUGGAGGAGCCGCUGCCAAGGGCUAGAAGUCCUAACGCGGAGCUCCCCCAGCCAUCCAUUGAACAAGACGUUGACGUGGUUAUGUCACACGAGGCGCCGCCAGAAGAAAAGACAGCGAAGGGCGACGACGAAGAUGUGACUAUGGAAGACGCAGUGGAUAUCAGCCAGCCAGAAUCUGAAUUGCAAGCUCCACUUCGAACUCAAUCAUCGACUUCACGAAGACUGUCUGGCGACCCGCCGUUUGAAGAAGCCCGGAUACGGUCGCAGGAAAUUAGCAAAGGGGCUUCGACCACACCAUCGCCAGCAGAAGAGGAUAUGGACGAGACCGAUAGUGACGAUGUUGACUCUACUAUGAUGAACCUAGUCCGUGAGCGUAUGGACACUCCUCCUCUCGAUAGCCUUCCUACGUUUGAUGAGGCGCCUUGGAUUAAGGACGAGGUCUUCCUGAAGUCGAUGGACACGCCGCAGCCAAGUCUCGAGGCUUUCAUUCUAGGAAGGUUAAAAGAUGAGGCAUAUCAUCGAAUGGUGGAAGAGACAAAGAAGAAGAAGGUCUACGAUUCAAACUACGAGGAUUACCUGCGCUUUACUAUGUCUGGUGACCCCGUUGCCGUUAAAAGUCGGGAGAAGUUUACUUGCAUUUCCGGAUUUGAGACUACUAUCCAGAAGCCUGGUUUCCAUGAAGCGAAGCCUGAAGGAGGAACGAGGCGUAGUAGGUAUGCGUCAGAGCGUGAUCUAGAGAGAAUUCUAGAGGAGUCACGGCGUGUGGAAGAUGAAAAAAGGGAGCGCCAGAUGCAAGCAGAAAGGGAAAGGUAUAGGACGGAGAAAGAGGCAGUGCUUCCUAGUCAGUAUCAGGCGCCUGAAGAGCGGGAUAAUGACUUUUAUCAGGACGUAACCGGCCUCAUCCAGGCUGAAAAGAUAGUUUCAGCUUGGCAACUCCUACCUCCCGUGGACAAUUUCACCGAAGAAGAGACCGCAAUAUUCGAGAAGGCUUAUCUAGAGUUCCCCAAGCAAUGGGGUCGGGUAUCUGACCCAUUGGCAAACAGGGACUUUGGAACUAGCAUCCAAUUCUAUUAUCUCAAGAAGGAGAAAGACGAGUUGAAUCUUAAGGAAAAGCUUAAGAAGCGCCCGAGACAACGUAAGAAGGGUGGUCGGGGCAAGCAACGGUCUAGUGCAUUGGUCUCCGAACUUGGGAAUGGAGAUAACGACAACGAAGAAAACCAGGAGACAGGUGAAAAUGGCGAGAGACGUCGACCUAGGCGCGCAGCCGCUCCUACUUUCAACUCAGAAGCUACCCCGGCCACGGAUGGUGAAGGCGGAACCCCAGCUGGCACUCCAGGACGCAGAGGAGCAAAAGGAGACGGGAGUGCCGACAGGCCGGAACGCAAACCGAGAGGACGACGAGCUGCAAAGGAGAAGGAAGCAAAACAGCCACGAGUUAAUCAGACUCUUGCUGCGGCGCCACCCGCGGGAACCAAGGGCAACCGUUCGCGAUCUAGUUCUCGGGCUCAUGGUCCAGAUUGGGCGUCUCAGCAAGCUUCAAGUGAAGGAGGUAGAGCUCCGAAUCAAUAUGAAUUAGCUCCAAGCACUGCAGCCGUACCGUCUGGAACUAUUCCCGCAACAUUCCCACCGACACAGCCGAUACUUAGUCCCGAAAGGGGCGUUCCUCCGCCACCUCCUGCGCCCGUACCCAUAUCCGCCGAUGCGAUGGGUCCCCCGCCUUUACGCCCAGAACCGCCACAACAGCCUCCGGUUGCUAUGCUUGAUCUUGGCCAGGCACCAUCGGACCGUAGGUCUGGCUCACAAGCGUCUAGUUAUUGGAGUGUACCGGAGGCGAAUGAUUUCCCCCAGUUGCUCCGUUCCUUUGGAAGCGAUUGGCAAUCAAUUGCAUUGCACAUGCGGACCAAAACUCCAAUUAUGAUAAAAAAUUACUAUACUCGUAAGAAGGAUAGUAAUGAUUGGCAAAGUAUUGUAGAAGAGGCGGAUACCAGGAAAGCUCGAGGCGAGAAACGACCGGCGCCGCCGGCACCAAGUUCUGGGGCCAAAAAGCGGUAUGAAACAUCAAGUAAUCGGCCACUCGCAGCCGCAGAGAGCACCGUAGAAGAUAGUCCUGCGAAGAUUGAACAUCCUCAUAGUUCACAGCCAGCAACGGGUCGUUUCAAUGUUCCAAUAGCGGCGCAACCGCAGCCUGCACUAAUCCAGUCGCCAUUCAUGCCUACAACACAACCUCCGAUGGUGCAAAGCCACGGAGCUGCCCCACCUGGAUCGCAAACUAUUGCACAACCCACCUCUCAGACCAUGUCUCCUCGACCUAUAAGGCAACCUUUUGGACUCUCAGAAAGGGAACGGGAUUUAUCCGCCCAACAACAGCCUGUUCGUGGCCCAUUAGGCCAGAAACCAGCCCAGCCUCCGCCUCCACCAGUGUCAGAACCUUCCAUGGGAAGGCAUCCAUUACCAACCUCUUUCAUUGAGCCACAGUCGGAACGGCCUAAAGCUGAACCCAGAGUCCCAAAGGAACAACCCCGCCAGCAAGAACGUCAGCAGCUGCGGGUGAAACAAGAACCGGACGUAAUACACCAUCAAUACGAGCAUUUCGUCCCUCAGGCCCAGGCCGCCCGCAUGGCACCAUCUCGCCCAGAAAACGUGCCUCUAUCUCGUCCUCCCGACCCCCCUCGCGCAGUAGCGCCCGCUCCACAGGUACCUGCACAAUCUGCCUUUGCUACUAUCCUGCAGCAACAGCCCGGUCGCAGCUUGUUAAAUGAGGGCAUUCCAUCGCCACCAGCUCGUUCUCGUCCUAUCUCGACCUUAUCCCGACCAACAUCUGGUGCUAGUAGUGGGGCAGAGCCAUUCAGUGCUCCGUCGGCGCAGCCUACACCACCUGCUGUUACUCCUACGCCGGCUCGUGCUCCAAAGACAUCCAGUUUAAUGGCAUUACUGAAUGAUGACCCUCCUCCACCUCCUCCCAAGAGAGUUGCUGAGGUACCUGUAGCUGUGAAGCCAUCGUCGACGCCUCCACCUCAAACCAAUCUUUCUCGUCCUCCACCCCCGCCUCCGCCUCCAUCCCAUAUGCGGCGAGAAUCGGGCGUACAAGAUGCUCAGGGUUAUGGUUAUGGCCGAAAUCCACCACAGCCGCCAUCCGCAAUGCCGCCUCUAAAACCGUACGCUCCUGCGUCGCCGCAAACACACCCCAUGAGCGCCCCUCGACAUAUGCCUUUGGAGGCAGCUGUAGAGAGGGAUUAUUAUGGAGGCCGACCUCGAUCCUUCCCCGCCGCGCAUCAGUCCCCCGUGUCCGGUUCGCCACAAACAACCCAUCAUUAUCCACCCCCGAGCCAACAAGCUCAAAUGCAAUAUCAAACUCAAGCACCUUAUCCCUACAGUGCACAGGUUCAGCCGCCGAAUGCCGCUUCCCCCCCUCCACAGCAAUAUGGAGGACACCCAGUUCCUAGAGGUCAUGAACCUCAGUCCAGCCGAGAUUGGCAUACUGCGCAUCAGGGCCAUCCAUUACAGCAGCAGCAUCAGCCUCAGCAGCAACCGCCGCCGCAACAACAACCGGCCUGGUCAUCGCAUCCGCCACCGCCACCAAAAUCUACACAGCCUGCUCCAGCUCAAUCGGCAUGGGCUGCGCAGCAACCUACACCAAAACCGCCUCCGCCUAGCAGUUCCGUCCCACCCCAACCCUCUUGGGCCUCAAAUCCGCCGCCACCUAGAGGUCAUGAUCCCAUGGCUCUUCGGGACGCUAGGGAUGUAUACGCCCCACCCAGAAUGCAACCCCCCUUGUCAGCACAGUAUGCGCCUGCUUCGCGAGCUCCGGAACCGCCGCCGCCGCAAGCUCCCGCAGCAUAUCCUCGAUACGCGAGUACGCCGGGACCCGGACGAGAUCCUCGUGAUCCCGGCCCGCAGAGAAGUUAUACACCUGUAAGCGCCUAUGACAGCAGGGCUUAUCCGCCUCCUCCAUCGAACCAGGAUAUUCGAGAGGCGCAGUUGCGUGAACAACAGCAUCAACAGCACCAGUCACUUUUGCAGCAACAAUUGCGACCGCAAGACUUAAGGCCACAAGACUUGAGACCACAAGAUCUGAGGCCGCAGGAUAGACAUCCAUUAUAUGAUCGCCCGCCCCCUGAUAGGUAUGGUAGAUAGAGGCGCUAAAACCACGGCGGUUAGCGCCGAUCUCUAGCUGAGUGGAAAAUAAGGAGUAGCUUCUGAGAUGUAGAAGAGAUGAUUGACGUAGCUGAACUCAGUUCAUGCGGUCAGACGAUUUUAUGACGACAGUAGGAGAAAGGAUGUGUACAGGAGAGUAGGAGGAUAACCAUCUCAUCCAUGAAUUCAGAGCUUGGGCGGUGGGCCUGGUCGUCUUCGGAAAACAGGAACGAAAAUCCCAGUGUAUGAGAGAGCCUUGCGUGUACAUGAGUUAGUUAUAGAGAUGCACGAACAGACAGGCUUGUCUGUCGUGUUGUAGGAGUACAUACAUAUUCGCAGAUUUUCCCUUCAAUGAAAGAAAUGAACUUUUUACUCUUAGAAAAAA